UGCUGGGGAUUCUUCGGAGGAAAAGUCUCAAUCUUUGGGCUACCCUAACCGGCACUCUAUCUCCACAUGCCUAACCGGUCGUCCAGCCUUCCAUCCAUGUGACGGCCACGCGGAACAAGUUCCGAUUGGUCUUCUACUCGACUCCUUCCACAAGUUGGACGCAGCACGUUCGAGGAAGGAGCACAGCAGAACAAACAAGACGCGAUUCUCGGCCACUCGGAGAUGUAUGUGCAGGUUGUCAAGCAGACCGACGUUUAGAAUAUUCCAUGAGGAAACCAAUGCUACCGACGACAACCCGCGGCCUAUGCUGCGUUAUAAGCUCCACCGCGUGCAUGUCUAUUCUUCCAGAACUGCUUGUCCUCCUCCUUAUGCGCCUCUCUUUGUAGAACAUGCCGUGCUUUAGCAUCUGAUAGAAGAGUCGGCGCCACCUACAGGAUGAAGCUGGUGAAGAAGUUCCGGCCACCGGUGGAGCCUCGGAGUUUCGGAUCAGGACUCAUCGUCGGAUGCUUUCUUGUGUCCAUGACAUUCGUGAUGUUGUCCAGAAACGACAUAAGCAUGGACCAUUUGUCCAUAUUGAAUUGCCUGCCGUCAUCGUCAUCAUCAUCAUCAUCCGGAGAUGCAGCUCCUAUGAGUUCUACGGUCGAAGAAGAUACAAGGAUUCGACUGUCAGGUAGGACAAAGCAAAUUGACGCUUCGUUCAUCAACCGACCAGAUGGAAAGGGGAAAGAGGGAAUCAGCUCAUCGUGCGAAUCAAAUUCGAGUGAUUGCAAGACGGAAAACGAUACACAAGUGCUGAACGGACCAUCUACCGGUGAUUUUAAUGAAUCAGAUGGUGGGGCGCCUAAGAGGAAGCCAAUGUGUGAUUUCUCCGACUAUAGAUUGAACAUUUGCGAUAUGGAAGGUGACAUAAGAAUCAGUGGGAAGAAUCUCUCCUCUGUAAUGCUUGUUACUCAUACGGGCAGCAGAGAAAGAAACGAGUCAUGGCAGAUCAGACCCUAUCCUCGCAAGUACGACCACUCGGCAAUGGCUAAAGUCCGGCCACUGAACUUGACGUCACUGCGCCGCCAUCAGGAAGCUCCCGAAUGCAGCGUCAAUCACACAGUCCCCGGCAUCCUGUUCUCCACCGGCGGUCACUGCGGAAACUGCUUCCACGACUUCGCCGACGUGCUGGUUCCCCUCUUCCAAACCGCCGGCCCGUUCCACGGCCAGGUCCAAUUCAUCAUCACCAACCAACAAGGGUGGUGGAUGCACAAGUACCGGCCGUACCUGACGAAGCUCUCGUCGUAUGAUGUGAUCGACUACGACAACGACGAGAGAGUGCACUGUUUCGACCACGUCGUUGUCGGGCUGAGGGCCGAGAGGGACCUGAUGAUCGACCCCUCGAGAGCCCCGCGAGGCCACUCCAUCAUGGACUUCGUGAAGCUAACGAGGAGCGCGUACUCGCUGGCGCGCGAGCGCGCGUGGGCGGCCGGCGGUCCUCCCGGCACGAAGCCGCGGCUCCUGUUCAUAGCAAGAGGCGGGACGAGAAGAUUCGUGAACCUGGACGAGGUCGUGGGCAUGGCGCGGGAGGUGGGCUACGAGGUGGUGGCGGCGGAGCCGGACUUCUUCGACGUGGCCCGGUUCGCACACGUCGUCAACUCGUGCGACGUGAUGGUGGGCGUGCAUGGCGCAGGUCUCACCAACUUCCUCUUCCUCCCCACCAACGCGAUCGUGAUCCAGGUGGUGCCACUGGGUAAUCUGGAUUGGAUAGCAACGAACUUCUACGGAGAUCCUGCCAUGGGGAUGAAGCUGAGGUACUUGCAGUAUGACAUAAGCGUAGAGGAGAGCACCCUGACGGAACUCUACCCGAGAGACCACCGGGUGUUCCAGGACCCGGAGUCCAUUCACAAGGAGGGCUGGCUUAGACUGGGAGACGUCUAUCUUAAGCAGCAAAACGUGAGGCUUAAUGUGAAUCGCUUCAGGCCUGUGCUAGAGAAGGCCCUCCAGCUUCUUCAUGAAAGGAAUUAGGGUAGCAGAGGAAGCCAGAGAUCAUCGUCUCCGUUCAUCAUGUCUUUUUCCAUAUGUAUACUGAUUCAGUCGAGCCACUAUCAUACAGAUGCCUUUAUUUUGUGACGAUCAUUCUUUACAUAAACAAUUUUGUCAUUGGUUGUCAUGUCUA